CAUCAACCGGGCAGAAAUAGGGGCGACCAAAAACAUGCCUAGGUAUGCGGCGCCGUGCCAGGUGCCCGCUGUCGGGGAUGCCUGACGCAGACGAUCACCAUCUUGACGAGGCAGACAAGCUUGGAGCCAAGCAGCUCAAGUCUGGCGCUCGUGGCGCUCGUGUGACGUACCAGCCUGCUUCCAGACACAGCCAAUCUGCUCAAAAGGAGAAAGAUUUGUCGAAGGGAAGCUUCUGAAGUUUGGAGAUUGCAAGGUUGAAGGAACGCUGUUUGGUGGCUGCUUCCCUGGCAAUAAAGCAACGGCGUCCCGUAGAAUGUCGGCAUCUGCGUUGGCCAUGCCUGGGAACUCCUUGGGGGUGGCGGGGUCUGCGGUAAUGACUGCCCUGCAUUCGAGGAAAGGCGCGUCCUCUUCAUCCACGUACUUUGGGAAUGGUCUAGAAUCCUAUGCCUCGUCCAGGAUGGAAAAGCUGUUGGGUGGAGGCGCACCAGUUGGGAUCCACUCGGCGUCGUCCAGCGUGUCAGGGGCCUCUGACAUGGACGGUCCAGCGGAGUCUUCUAGUGGGGGGGAGUUGAGGGAGGAAGAUGUUUGGGCGACCGAGGCGCGGGAUUGGCAGCAGGAAGGGCCCGUUGCCAAGGGGCUGAACUUUUCAAAAGAUGAGCGGACCGGCAUGCGAUUGGUUUCUAGACAGCCGCGGUGGAUGGGAGCACGAGAACGGGACCUGGGAUUGGCUUCCUGGAACGACGAGAAUACGGUUAGCAAGCACAGGACGACCCUGCUUUCCCCCUUCCGCAGCUACGCAAACGCCUCUCCGCAGCGUAUUUUUGGCCAGCCAAGCACGGGGAUGCGCAUGAUCCCCACCAGGGGGGACCAUUCCCAGCCAAUGGUGCAGCAGUCGGCGCCUGUGAAUGUCCCUGCGUGGGGAAGGCUGGCAGAGCGGGACGAGAAUGGAAAGGUCAAGGAUGAUAAUGACUCAGAUGAUGAGGAGCUGGGAAGGAUUGUGCCUCCCCACGAGCUGAUUGCUCGGCAGAAUGCGGAGAGCGGGGUGGUGUUUUCAGUGUACGAAGGCGCAGGGAGGACGCUGAAGGGGCGGGAUGCGAAGAAGGUGCACGCCUUAAUGCAGUAA